UGUACAGCUGUGUCGUGUCAACAAUUUGCUAUGUAGAAGGCUGUAUUUCAGCCAUUCAGUUUGAUUUUGGUCAUGAGAAAAAUCACACGAUAUACCGUUAGUUCAGUGUUGUCGUGGCCUUAACAAGCUGUGUUCAGAUUUGAAAAGAUCGUUGUCCGAGAGACGUGGUUUCUAACCUCUUGGGUACACAUUGUGACUUAUUUUUAGAACGUAAUAGCAAAUUUUCAUGCUGUGUAAUCAAGCUGUGAAUCAUACACGUGUCCGGAAGAUACCGUAAACAAAAUUAUCUUGAUUGCAUUUUACAGUAAACAUGGAGAAAACUACACUGAUUAGCAAUAAUGUUGACUCUGAAUUGGCAUUGGAGAUAAGUGAGCAAGUGUUUAUUGAUGAUGAGGAUUACAAUCGGGCUCCAGCUUCUCCCACCACUGUCCCCAACGUAAGGUCAUAUAGACCUCCUUCCACAGGCUCAAAUAUCCUAAAGUCUCCCCGCGGGAGACGAGUUCGAACCACAUCAAUGUCUCAACCAAAUAAGAAGACCACGGCAGAGAGUAUAUUGCAUGCAGACAGAAGAACGAUAUAUACGGCGGGAAGACCGCCCUGGUACAACUGCACUGGAGGACAGGAGGUGGAACCUUUUCUAAUUGGAAUAUGUGGUGCCAGCGCUUCUGGCAAAACCACAGUGGCCGCCAAAAUAAUCGAAUCUCUCAACAUACCCUGGGUUACAAUUGUCAGUAUGGACUCGUUUUAUAAGGUGCUAAAUGAGAAGCAGCAUCACGCGGCGAAUCGGAAUGAAUACAACUUCGAUCACCCGGAUGCGUUUGACAUGGAGCUGCUGGAAAGUGUCCUCCAGCGUUUAAAAGAAGGGAAGAAGGUGGAAGUUCCCAUUUACAACUACGUUACACAUUCGAGGGAGAACCGUACUAAAACGAUGUACGGCGCGAACGUGAUAAUAUUCGAGGGAAUUCUAGCGUUCUACAACGCACAAGUGUUGAGCAAACUCGAUAUGAGAGUGUUCGUAGAUACGGAUGCCGAUAUCCGACUCGCGAGGCGUUUGCGGAGGGAUAUAGUCCAACGCGGUCGUGACCUAGAAGGGGUUCUCAAACAGUACAUGACGCACGUGAAGCCAGCCUAUCAGAACUACAUAGCACCCUGUAUGGCCCACGCUGAUAUCAUUGUUCCGAGGGGUGGAGAGAACAAAGUCGCCAUUUCACUCAUUGUACAACAUGUUCACAAACAGUUGCAGUUGCGCGGCUUUAAAGUCCGUGAGAAGUUAGCGAUCGCGCACGUGGGUCAGCCCGUACCGGACUCGCUCUACGUACUCAAGGAUACUCCGCAGGUGCAAGGGCUCCACACAUUCAUUCGUAACAAGGACACGCCGAGGGAUGAGUUCAUUUUCUACUCGAAGCGUUUGAUGCGAUUGGUCAUAGAGUUCGCGUUGUCCCUCUUGCCGUACUCCGAACACCAAGUGGACACGCCCCAAGGAUUCACUUACACUGGUCGUAAAUGCGACGUCGAAAAGAUCUGUGGCGUUUCGAUCCUUCGAGCCGGAGAAACGAUGGAGCAGGCCGUGUGCGACGUGUGCAAGGACAUUCGGAUCGGGAAGAUUCUCAUUCAGACGAACCAGCAGACUGACGAGCCGGAGCUGUACUACCUCCGUCUCCCAAAAGACAUAAAGGACUACCGCGUGGUGCUGAUGGACGCGACGGUGGCGACUGGGGCCGCGGCCAUGAUGGCCGUUCGGGUGCUGCUGGACCACGAUGUGCCCGAGGAGCACAUCAGUCUGGUCUCUCUGCUGAUGGCUGAGAUCGGGGUGCAUUCUAUCGCUUACGCCUUUCCCAGGGUGAAAAUAAUAACCUCGGCGUUAGAUCCGGAAAUAAACGAGAAGUUCUACGUGUUGCCCGGUAUCGGUAACUUUGGGGACCGCUACUUCGGUACGGAGCCCUCUGACGAGGAAUGACUGAUGACCUAGGAGCGAGAGAGAUAGAAAUAUCCGCGCGCUGCGAGUGAACGAGACGGCAAUAUGUUUAGCAGUUCCAUUUGUAAACGCUUCACAGGUAACGGGGUUUGAGCGCUUAUGGCACGACUAUAUCACUACAUUGCAAAAUGUAUCUUAACAUUAGCUUAUUAGGGCGCUCUUUCGUUUGAUUUCAAUAUUAUUUAUCCUGCUAGGGAGAGCCCCGAAACAUUUAUGGCUGGUUUAAAUAAAUAAAAACUAGUUUUAAUUAAUUUAUUUCAUUUGUGUUAAUCUAGUCAAAAACGUACAUAAAUGUCAAUCGUACUGCGUGUAUCGUGGUUUUUAGUGAAUUGUACUUAUGGCGAACAAUUAGCCAAAGAAUUGGUUAAAUUAAUUUAUAUUCCUAAAGUUUGAUGUGUUUAACUAAAAUGUAUACAAUUGUAUGGUUAAACUAAAUUAAAAUCAUUGUUAGAUUGUUGUGUGCUUAAAUCGUCUUAAUAAAAAAUUGUUCCUGUAAUGAAAUACUUCUCUAAUAUAUAAACUAUGCAAUCAGUGCAUUUAACUUAAAACUUACUUAAAAUUAUACAUAUAAGAAAUCUUUGUUUGAGCUGUCUUCUACUAACUCGCUUUCUACAAUAGCCGGUGCAAUGUCUCCAUCCCUUUCUAUACGUGAAUGGCGAAAUGAGAAGCGAAAUCUCGAUAACCGGAGACUAAAAUGGUGCUUUUAUUUCAGAAAUGACUUUACAAAAUAACACAAUAAUUAGCAUUUAUUUUUCUAAGGCAGUAAGGUUUACGUUCAUUCCGACACGACGCUGCCAUUUUUAUCUCUAUCGCUUCUCUAUUUCUUACAGUAUUAAGUUGUCUACUUUACGUAAUAAGACUUAUCCUAGGUUAGUCUGCUUUUAGGGAGCGUUCAAGUAUCACGUAACGAAUUUGGGGGGGGGUCCAGAAAACCGUUACGGCGCGUUACCUGGGGGGGGUCAAUAAACUCCAAAAAUUGCGUGACGUAAUACUUGAACGCUCCCUUGAAAAUUUUAGGUUUUUGUAAUUUAUUACCGGCAGGUAGGUCUCUGGCAUCCCAUAUGUCGACCAAUUUUUUUAAUUUUUACAGUAUAAAAAUAAUUGGUGUGUAAACCAAAAAAUAAUAUAAAAUUUAAAAACUUCUAAGAUUUUUUUUUCGUCUAUAAUCUCCAAAAUUAUUAUUUUUAUCAAAUAUAUUAUUUAUCAACCUUAACAUUAAUAUACAUUAUUGAAUUAUAUAUUUUUUAAUUAAUGACUUAUAAAUUGACAAAAUUACGUUGCAGAGACCAUCUCAUUCCGGUUAAUUUUAUCUCAAUUUUGUAAUUUAGUGUGGUUUAGUUUGUAAGUUAUUUAUAAGAAAUUGAUUUGUUAAUAUGUAAAAACACGUUCGUUGUAUACAGAUGUGCAAGUUUUACCUUAGGGUAUAUUUGGACAUUAGUAAGGCACGUGUAGAACUGUAUGAUAUACAUAUUUGUAUAUUUUAUAUUAAGCUUUGAAUUAGCGGAAUAUGUUGAAUAAAUGUAUGCAAUAUAAA